AUAGCCUGGACAAGGUACACACACACUGACCGCCCCACACACAUUACCAUCCCACUACCACAUACAGUCUCUCACACACUCGCCCUCAUCAGAAGUGGCCAGCCAUGGGGGCGACUCGCACCUGCCUCCGCCUCCUCUUACUCUCCUUCCUCCUCUUCACCUGUACAGACGCCCAAUCAGAUUUCAUCAUUAAAAACGUGACGCUUUCUGUUCAUCCCUCGCUGGAAGUAGAGCGAGGCACAAACCUCACACUCACCUGCAAUGCCCAAUUUAGCCAUGCGGGUGCCCAUCUUCCCCAGCACACCUAUAACUUCUACAAAGACUUCGAAAUUGCAAAUGACAUGCAGCCAAUGGCAGCUAGGGGGAAGGAGACCCUCCACAUCUCUCAGGCUCGAGCCUUCCACUCAGGAACGUACUAUUGCGAGAUGGUGAUCGAGAAACAGAAAAAGAUGAGCUGCAAAAAGAAAGUUGUUGUCAAAGGUCUGCAGAAGCCGGAGCUGAUUGUGGACAGGCAGAAGGUGACAGAAGGCGAGAACGUGAGUGCUAUCUGCAAGGCAGAGGAGGAGAAGGGAUCUCUGACGUUCUCCUUUAAAGAUGACAAUAGUGAAGUGUUUCGCGCAAAAACGGAAAAUGGUCAAGUUCAGCACUCUAUCACACUUAACUCUGGAAGGACUGCAAAACUGUCCUGCUCAUAUGUCACUAACUUUGAAGGAAGGCCAUCAUCAGAAGAAAGCAACAUCGUCAAUGUUGAAGUGCAGGAGCUGAGCAUCACACCCUCGAUCAGGAUCCAGCCGUCCACACAGGUCAUCGAGGCGGACACUGUGAACAUCACAUGUCAAGUGCCUCAAAGCUACCAAAACUCACAAGCCCUCAAACUGAAGCUCUCCAAAGGCACAAUGAUCCUAAAACGUGACAUGAAAUCCGAUCACUACAGCAAGGUGGUCCAAGCUGCGGACAGCGGAGAAUACGAGUGCUAUGCUGAAAUGAACAGUAUCUCCAAAAAAGCCGCUGCACAAUUAAACGUUAAGGAGCUGUUUUCUCACCCGGUGCUGACCAUAACCCCGGACGAAGUGUACGAGGGGCAGCAGUUGACCAUCACCUGUGAAAGCUACGAGUUCGCAUCAGAGAGGAUACAGAAGGAUGCGGUGAAAUACUACAUCCACAGAAAUGAACAACUUGUUACUCCUGGAGCGUUUGAUGGAACCUACACGACAAAGGCAGGAUCUGAGACUAACGGGAAUUACACGUGUAAAGCUCAAGUGAGAAAUAUCAGUAAAUGGAGCCAGAAUCAGAUCUUCAGAGCAAAAGUGCUGGUGUCCAGACCCAUGAUCCAGGUAGUUGACCAGGUGGUCCUGGGCCGCCCAUUUCGUAUUAACUGCUUCUCAGAGAACGGAAGUUUUCCCAUCACCUACACACUGAAGAGAAACAACAACCCGCUGAACCGCAGCCUCAGCAGACACAGAGACGACCUCGCCAUCUUCCCUGCAAUCGUAUAUUCUGAGCAGCAAAUCCACGAGUUCAGGUGUGAGGCAAAGAACAGCCCUUUCACCUCAUUGAUGAGUGUAGCUCUGUCAGUCCCAGUUAUUGUUCCAGUAGGACAGGUGUUUCUGACCGUAAUCCCGAUGCCUGACGAUGUCACUGAAGGACAUGAUGUUGUCCUCAUCUGCCAGGUUAGCAAAGGAACUCCUCCAGUCAGCUUUCGGUGGUACCACUCAGACAGCAAACGUCUGCUACUAUCUGACACAACGAUGUCCAAUUUCUCCUCACACACACUGCGCCAUGUGAGCAGCAAAGACAGUGGCUCAUAUUACUGCGAAGGCUUCAACAGUGGCACAGACGCCUCCAUGAGCAAUAAAAUCACCUUCACAGUACGAAUGGCCAGGUGGAAGAAGGGCGUUAUUGCCGGCUCAUGUCUGCUGUGCGUGUCUGUGACCGUGUUCUGCCUGGUGAUGCGCUACAGGGCUAAGAGAGGUAAACGAGAGACUGCUGCCCAGCUCUCAGUAAAGCCUGCAAGCCCUAAAUCAGAUGACACAAUAAUAAGCACCCAUGACGCUCUCUCACGCUGCUAAGGGUAGCUUCAUUUUACUCUGUAUUUUCACUUCAGUGACUUUACCAUCAUGCCAUCCCACCCUCCUCAUAACAGACCAUACUACUACUCAUACAGUGUACUCUUUAUCUGAAUAUGAGGAGAUAGACAGGAAACCUCUAAAACUUUUCAUUUAAACAGGCAUUCAGUUUCAAAAGUGGCAUUACACAAUUCUGUAUUCGUGAUUUUUACUGAUCAGUACAAUAAAACAGGGCAGUCACUACAAUAUACAAUGCACAUUAUAUAAUGUAUUGUGCAUAUACUGUAAGCCAUAAAACCAUCAGUGAAAUUCUGCCUGCUUGUGUAGGCACUGACAUAGAGGCUAACAAAUAGAUAUGAAGCUUAGCCUCCUAGGAGUAAUGUCAACUAUUUAACUAAUGGUACCUUCUUCUGCACUAGAUAGAAGCUGUUGUGUGUUCUCAAAUCUUGACCUCACAAUGGUAGUAGUUUUAUUAGUAAUGAAUAAUUUUAAAAAUGAUCAUCUUUGUAAACCUUACUUCUGUCAAAACUCUUUGUAUACUUAGGCUGUGCUAAUCUUCACCUGCCUAGUGUUGAGGGCACUGAUAUUAAUAAAAAAAAGGAAAAAAUGUGCACUAUAUGCUGUUAACACUAGUAAAAAGGUUUUUGUGGAACCUCUUCAGGUGUUUUGAGUAACCUUCAAAAAAUGUUAAAGUAAAAAUCCAGAGUGAAAUUGACUGAGUGAAAUUGAUUGGGUAUAGUGAAUCAUGAUAACAAGUACAAAUGUUUGUUAAUUAGCCCACCUUCAUCCCCCCUUAGCAUUCUGAAACAGGAAACAGAUUGCAAAAUAAUACUGUUGAAAUGCAUAAAUUCCAGCUGUUGACAAAAUAUCUUUAUAAUCUUAAUGCACUUCCAAAUAAUAAUUUUGCAAUCUAUUCCUAUCCUACCUAUUCCUACCUACUUUUCACUACCUGUGUAAAGAGUAUUUUUUAAAUACUAUCUGUGUUUUAAACCAUUUUAAAUAUCAGGGCUCUCAGAAUUCUACCAAUGAAGUGUGGAGCUACUUUUAGCUUGUUUGUGGCAUGAAAAUAAUGAUUUCUUUGCAUGGGAAAUGCUGCACUAUCCUCCAAGUGCGCUGGCUGCUCGGCAAUGCUGCAUCAGCAGCAGCUCGAAAAGAAGCGGUGGCUGACUUCACAUGUUUUGGAGGAAGCAUGUGUUAGUCUUCACCUGGUGUGUUGGGGCAUCACUAGUGAUGGGGGAGUCCUAAUGAGUGGGUUGGGUAAUUGACCAUGUAAAUUGGGGUGAAAAUGGGAAAAAUUAAAAAUUAAAAAAAUGUAUUGAUGGUUCCUCAAAUCACCUUUAGGGGUUCCUCCACAGUUUCAAAUUGAAGAACCCCUAAGGGUUCCUUAAGGAAAUGUAAUACUUUAAUAGUUUGUUCUAAAGAAAGCAGUCAAGAACCACAGUAGGGGGGUAAGUAGGCAUGUUUACAGUAGAUGUAGUAAUGUGUACAUUGUUCACUUUGGCCAGGUUGUCCCUUUAAGCUUUACUGUGUUGCGGGCCACAAUUUUUAACAUCAUGCUAACAUUUAAUUUCCUCAGGCUAGUCUUUCUAGCACUGCUAACACUGCUAAUGUAUACACUUUUUGGUCUUUCUGCUAAAACUCAACAAGUGAUCCAUUUCACCACUUUUUUCACCAACAUAAUAACAGUAGAGUAUUCUCAAGAUCUAGCCUGAAAUGCUACAUAACAAGCUGCUAAAUAUAAAGAAGGGGGUUAGAUUUAGAUGUGCUAAUUGGAAUGAACUUGUACUGUAGUAAUCGGGUCAGUUUGUAGCAGUUGAUCUGUGAGUGUGUACAGUAAGUGUGUGUGUGUGUGUGGAGCUUUUGGGUUGCUGCUAGUAUGCUAUCUGUAGCCUUUGCUUCCUGCUGCUGCGUUUUGCUGUGUUAGAGGACGAUCCCCAACCCCCACCCAUCUUAUUCCAGGCACAGUGGCCCUCAAUGGCUCCAGAAGGAUGAAUGAGACCGAUGGACCACAAGAUAAAAUGACAUCAAGUGUCGGGAUCACCUGCAGGAUUC